AUGCUACAUGUAAAUUUUACUGAGGUAGAAUCAUUAAAUACUCAAGCAUUAAUAGUGUUUAUUGAUGACAAAUUAAAACUUGAUAGUGAACUAAUAAACCUUGACCAACAACAUCAUGGUUUGAUCUCCAAGACUAUUGCCAAUAAAUUACAAUUUACUGGUGAAUAUGGGCAGAUCAAAAUUAUUCCUUCUGUUGUUAAGUCAGGGGAAGUAAAAUAUUUAGUAUUAGCAGCGCUUGGAAGUGAAGAAAAACUAACUGAGGUUAAGAUUGAGGAAUUAGGUGGUAAAAUCUUACAAAAUGUUACUAAUGCUAAAAUCGCUACUAUUGGCUUAAAAAUUAAGAAUAGAAUAAGCAGCUUUGCAUCAUCGCUUGUUGCAUCUUUAAUUGCUAGUGGUGCGUUACUUGCUUCCUACAGAUUCGAUAAAUAUAGAACUACUUUAAAAGAAGCAGAUAAGUUUGUUGUAGAAUCAUUUGAAAUCUCUACAGAUAAUAACGUAGAAGCAGCAAAGUUGUUUGAAGUUAAAAAAUUAAUUGCUGAAGGGGUCUUUUUCACAAGAGAUAUUAGUAACGAGCCAUCAAAUAUUAAAACUCCACAAAUAUACGCUGAAAGAAUAGCAGAAACACUAGAAGAAUUAAAUGUCGAUGUUUCUAUUCUUGGUGAAACAGAAAUGAAAAAUCUUGGCAUGGGAGCUCUUCUUGGAGUUGGUCAAGGUUCACAAAAUGAAUCAAAGCUAGUGGUAAUGGAAUAUCAAGGUGCAAGCAAAGAUGCUCCUUAUAUUGCCCUAGUCGGAAAAGGAGUUAUUUUUGAUACUGGUGGCAUAUCUCUAAAGCCAUCGAGUAAUAUGCAUUUAAUGAGAUAUGACAUGUGUGGUUCUGCCGCAGUAGUUGGUACUAUGAUUGCGGUUGCUAGUCAAGAAUUGCCGGUAAAUAUCGUAGGUGUUGUAGGGCUUGUUGAAAAUAUGCCAUCAGGUAACGCACAACGUCCUGGGGAUGUUGUAACUACUAUGUCAGGGCUAACUGCUGAAGUUUUAAAUACCGAUGCAGAGGGGCGUUUAGUUCUUGCCGAUGCGAUUUGCUGGUUGUUUUUCUAA